AUGGCUCCAAACCUCCGAGAUACAGACUUGUUCUUGUCUGUCAAGGUCGACAGUCACCACAAAUUUACUCAACCUAUCAUCCGCACUCCAUCAACUGCGUCGCCAUGCUCUGACAUGAGCGCAAACACCGCGAAAGCCGCCACGCCAGAUUCCAGCUUCAAAGACCCAACUAAGAAACUCCGACAUAAACGGAGGUUUACCAUCGGGGGUGCCGGUCAACGUUCCGGCACGGUUCCUCACAGCCCUGUUCCUGCCAUAGAAAAGAAACAAGUGGCACAGGAUGAAAUCGUCCACUCUCGGCCUGCAGUCACCACUUCACGCACAUCAUCAUCUCGACGAAGUAUUCCGCACACGAGUCUAUUCAAGGAUGAUCACGAACGGCAAUUAUCCAGAACGCCGAAGCAAUUACAGCCUGACAUAACAGAUGGAGCUCGCCUAUCUCCGAAACCAACUCCAGUUGUCGUCACAGAUUCACCAUGCAGCAGGUCAAGCAGAUCAAAAUCACCAAAGGCGUUGUAUCCUCCUAGUAGUUGGAAGCGAGUUGAACCAUUGACAUUCAAUUUGGCUGAGCAGACGAGAUUCGAGACACCGCUUAUUAGUCCCAGUACGGACCAUGCUAUAGCUUCACCUCGACGUCCUAGUCUCGGGAGAGCUCGCCAUACUGAGCCAGUAUCAGCCGCAACAGCCGUUUCAGAUGUCUGGACAGAAAUAGCUGGCUUGUCACCACAACCACCCAGAAGAACGUUGUCAGCACGAUCACAUCUGCCGAAGCAGCCCAUGCCAGCAGCACAGCCGCUACCGACAAACCAGAACAUCCCCGCUGAUGGAAAGUCGAUACUAAGCCAACGAUUCCCAUCUGUUACCGGAGUAUCUGAGGCUCGGCCUACACCGACAGUUCAGAAUACACGACCAAGAUACAUUCGCUCGCGACGUCGCAGCAAUCCUGUAGCACCGCCGUCCCAAGAACACAAUUUACCCGCUCCCGAGAUCGCAUACGCGGACACAUUUCACUAUACAAAUUGUGAACAUACGAGUCCCCCCAUGUCGCGUCCUUUGAACACCCAGCCCAUACUUGUUCCCUAUCAGCAUGGUCUGUUAGCGUUCCCACCGUUUCAUAUCCGCGACUUUCUGGAAAGUCAGCCAACAGUCACGCCCAGCAUAUAUAUCAUAGAAGGCGCAUGUUCAAUUUGCGACCUAGCAUAUCGACGAAAAGCCGAAUCCGACAUCUUGGCAAGAUACACCACACGGUCGGAGAACCUAUUGCUACAACUAAGCCUACUCCAGGAGGAUCUGGAUGUCAAGUCGCCCACUGCCCUCGAUUUACCGGAGCGCAAAAACACUGCCACACCAUUCCCAACGUCGUCUUCGAGGCGGAAUACAACAAGCCCCGAGCCUUCCACGACCUCGUCCAUCACUCCUGAAAAUAUCCAGGCGAUAUUGCACAUGGAAGAACAGGCAGAAAACCUGAUCAAGCAACGCGAUCUCGAAGUAACGGCGAUUUGGCGAGGGUAUACCGAACGUUGGGGUCCUGCAACUGUUGCAAUUCAUCAUGCGAAUGACAGAAUUAUCAGGGGGAGAGGCCGGGCACAGAGUGCCAGUAGUGCAUCUACUUUCCCGGAAAUGGACAACAUCAGCUCUCUGACAUCGAAUUUCGAUAACAGUACGGACAGAACAUCUACCAUGACAUCGACUGUUUCUACUCGAACCACCCAAACCAAUUACACCAACGCCGUGCUGUCGUCGACGACUCCUCGACGAACGAGUCUGUCACGAAGAACAAGUAGAAGCGAUUCAAUUGGACCGCAAGAUCGAUAUUCGGAUGGGACAAGAAUAGUGAAUGUGCCCUCUUCUGUGGACGGUGUUAAAAGGGAUGGACGGAUGCUGGUUGACUGGAUUCGGCCUGACAGGACAGAGUCGGGUCUGAGGGUCAGAAGUCGCAGUCACAGUCAGACUCGCAGUACAAGCAGAGUGUAUCCUUGA